AUAGAUUCGAUGUGGACGAUUGCGAAGAGGGAGGGGAGGAUGCGAGCGCAUCCGGCCACGGGAGGCCUAACUCCGCCUUCCUCGGGCUCCCGCCCCUAUAGCCCUGCAACUCGCGCGUCAUUGGCCACGCCACGCCUUGCAUUGGAAAUCGCCUGACGCCAAGUCAGACCAGCCCAGCUAGCUCAGUGGGUCUACGGCGCACUGACUGGCAGCCGAUCUCCAGGGUUUCUGGGGAUUGCCCUACCUAGCUCUACCUGGAUAUGCCUAGGAAUGAACCUGAGGUUUUGUUGGAAGCCGCCCAGAGUGGCUGGGGAAGCCCAGCCAGAUGGGCGGGGUGCUGCUUGACAAAUGUCUCAAGAACACCUUGAUUGCUUGGUUCAGGAUUUAGCUGACUUUUAUAAGUAUCCAUUAUUUUAAAAUUUUCACCUACUGCGUGAAUAAAUUGACAUCAUUUUUUAUUUUACAACUACUUAUACAGAUACUUUGCUUUGGAGGCUAGGACAGCUGUCUUUAAAUGCCCUUUUAGAUGAACUAGAAGAUGGCUCAUUAGGGCUGCCAUACAUCCGUAAUUUCCCGGACAUAGCUGGGAUUCGUCUGCCAAAAGUAGCGUCUGGGUGAAAUUUUCUAAAAUCAGUUAAUAUGUCUGGCAUAUGGCAGCUCAUCUCAGAAGUCUUGAUUUUUUUUGGUGAAUUUUCUUUAAAAACCUUGGGUUUUUUUUGAGAUUUUGCAAAACAAAAACAAAAACUCAAUAACUUUUUGAAAUAUGGCAACCUGUAUAAUAGAGGGAGAAGCUGGCAAAGGAAAAACAACUCUCCUCAAAAGGAUUGCCUGGUUGUGGGCUAAUGGAAACCAACCUUCGAUGAGAAAAUUCAAGCUUGUUUUCUUUAUCAGUCUGAGCAGUACUCAGGCUGGACUGUAUGAAACAGUGUGUGAGCAACCUCUUACAGAACAAUAUGAGAUGGGCAAACAGGAUUUUCUGUUUGAUGGAUAUGAUGAAUUCAAACCCCAGAGAUGCACAGAAAUAGAAUCACUGAUCAAAGACAUUUGUAAAUUAAAAACAGUCGUUGUUACUACAAAGACUGAGUCAAUUAGAAGUUUGAGGCUUUUUGGGUCGCUGAUUUAUGAGACAGGUGAUUGGCAGGAAAGUGCAAAACAGCUAGUUAGAAAUGUAUUGAAAGGCCAGUUAGCAGAGGGCUUGUUGUCUCAACUGAAUACAACAGAUUCUUUUUUUCAGAAAUCAGGUCAAAACCAUAUGAAGACCCCUUUGUUUGUAGUUAUUGCUUGUGCCAUCCAAGUGGGGGAAAACUUUAAAUCCACAAAACAAAACAUUCUCUUCUCUACAAUACAUGAUUUGCUGGCGGGGGAAAACAAGCACAAGAGCAGAGGGAUUUGUGAAGACCAUUUUCGCCUAAGCAUAAACCCCUGUGGAGAUUUAGCACUAGAGGGAGUAUUUGACCACAAAUUUGAUUUUCAGCCUGAGGAUUUCUCCAGUGUGAAAGAACAAGUCCUGCUAGCUAUAGUCCUCAUGAAUAAAUACACAGCUCAGAGACUAAAGCUGGUAUCUUGAAUUUUUCAUAAGUCUUUCCAGGAAUACACUUGGAGACUUUCCAAGUUAUUAACAUCCAAUUGGGAUAAGGAAGCGGCCAGAGGGCAUAGUUACCUUCUAUGAAUGAAUAGCAUCUCAGAUAUUAUUACUACAUACCACAGUUUACUUCUUUUUCUUUCUUUCUUUUUCUGUAUACUUAUAGAUUAUAAACUGAAGCCACCAGAAAAAUUAUCAGGCACCUAUCAGCCAUAGAUCAGCAAGACAGUCUUUUUGGAUUGCCAUCUUCCCAUGAUCUGUCAUCAAAAAUAGAAUCCAUGAAAAAGGAAGGAAAUUAUCAAGUGGAAAAAGCGCUAGUUGCAGUUCUUGGAAACUCAUUUGUGGAGUGUGCCAUUAGUAGAAUAACAAGGCAUUUGAAAUGCACAAGGGACAGAAACAUUUCCAGUAUGACCUGUAAAAAAAAAAAAAGUGCAACAAUAACUGAAACACUAAAUAGCCUCAUCCUUAUUUUAUUGUACAGUACAUCAUAUUGUGUACUUGCAUUAUAUGUUCAAAUAAUGAGAAUUAGGUAGAUUUGUAUUUAAAUGCAAACUGAAUCAAAUUGCUGUUCUAUCCCAAAUUAUAACUGAGUGGUAGGGCAUAUGUUCUGCAUGUAGAAGGUGCCAGGGUCAAUUCUUGGCAUAUCCAGAUAGGGCUGGCAAAGAUUAGUGCCUGAAACUCUGCAGAGUUGCUGACAAUCAGUGUCAACAGUAAGCUGAAGAAAUAGCUCAGUUGGUUAGAGCGUGGUCCUCAUAAAUUUGAGGUCACAUGUUCAGUUCCUGUAUGGGACAACGGCAUAUUCCUGCGUUGCAGGGGGUUGAACUACAUGAUCCUCAGGGUUCCUCCUAACUCUACAAUUCUAUGAUUCUAUAAUGCAUUGGUCAGACUGAGUGGAAAAUAGCCUCCUAAAGAUAACAAAAAACUUUGGAGACUGUCAGACUCUUAGUAUCUGAAGUUCCACAUUAAUGCGGACUGCCGUGUGAUCUUUGGAUGAAGGGCGCUGUACAAAUUUAAUAAAUAAAAUAAAUGAUAAAAACAAAUGUUUGUGCAAAGUUGUAGAAAAAUAUAUUGGGGCCAGCUGUAAAACCAGCUGUAGUUAUAGUACUCAUUACUAGGCUGAUAAAAUGUGAGCAAGCGGAACCAGGCCAGCCCCAAACAUUUUGCUGCUUGAGGCAGAUUAGCAAACGGUGCCUCAUCCCCCCCCCAUGUCAAGGUACAUUGUACACAAAACCAGCCUGGUUAUUUGAAUAUUUCAAGCAGAAGAUCCCGCAAGGACCCCUUCUUUUCCUGGCUGUAAAAACAGAACAGUAAAUUAAAUAACAUAACAAUUUGCUGCCCUUUUAUGAUACCCAAAAUUUGCCGCCUGAGGUGCCUACUUCUCUGCCUAAUAGUAGGGCUGGUUUUGGAUGGCGACAACUUCAUGGAUAAAGCUUUCUAUAAUGCCUUUAAGGCAAUUGUGCAAUUGUGCAUCUGUGACGUUGCACUCAAUGAAGUUCUCCAGGAACAAGUCAUUUCAAAAUUAGCUUCAGAUAGCUUUCCGAGUUUUGUUUCAUUUGGAGUCCCAUCAGUUAUAAAGUACUGGCUUUGCCUAGAGAUAAGCAGCUUUAGGGUUCAUUUUAGUUGGACUAUUUCCCACAUGCGUAAUAAAAGUGUUCUUAAUGCUCCUUAGAGGCUUGUUAAUAAGAUUAGAAGAAGGAUUGUAAUAUUUGUAGUAGAUGACUAUCCGAUAAAUGUCUAAUCUCCUUUUUAGGAGAAAGAGGAUUGUUAAAGAAACAGCCUUUUGGUAUAAAUCCCAAACAGUAGCAAUUGUUAACUUUCAGCAGCUUAUGAGCAUUACCAGGCUGUUGCUAAUUAAAAUUCUUACACAGAAAAGUCAUGUCACCCUGGCCUUGACCUGCCUCAUAUGAUUGCAGCAGUUGCCCUGAAUCAGUGGAGACUUGGAAUGUGUUGAUCACCUUCAUCACUUAAUUUAUUGGGCGAGCAAAUGGCACGCCGCCGGAACAUUAAUUGUCUUCACACUUUAUAGCAUGCAAAUAUAAUCACUAGGUGGCCUUGGACCAGUCACUGUCUCUCAGACUAACCUACCUCACAGGGGUGUUGUGGGGCUAAGAUAGGGAGGGGCAGAGUCAUGUAUGCCACUUGGAAGAAAUUUUACAAUAAAUAAAAUGAUAUC